AUGCUGGCCGACAGGAGACCGCGACUGGUGCAGCCUCGUAAGGCGGCGAAAUGGACCAAUGAUGCCACGCCGGCCUCUGCGUCGCGGCAAGAUAUCAACGUGCAUCGAUGGCGACGCGCAAACGCGAACCCCCCGAACAGCAACGGCGAUACCGACAGUGGAGAGCGGUUCGAGAAAUACAACGUCAAGCUCGAAGUGCCCGAGUACGAGGAAGAAACAUAUGAAAAAGUCCUGCAGGAAGCAGACUGGACGAAGGAGGAGACAGAUUAUCUGGUCGAUGUCUACCGGGAAUGCAACGCGAAAUGGCCCAUCAUCGCAGACCACUACGAUUUCGAGGGCGGGAAGGAGCGCAGUAUGGAAGAAUUGAAGAAGCGCUUUUACUACAUCUCUGCUCAGCUGCUGCAAGUGCGCACUCCGAUAGCAUCGAUGGGCACUUCCGACUACCAGCUGUACGAGACCCUCACCAACUUCAACCCCGACCAAGAGAAGUCGCGAAAGAAGCUGGCCGAGCUGCACCUCUACCGCAAGGCAAACGAGGUCGACGAGGAGAUGGUCCUUCUCAGCGAGCUGCAACGCAUCAUGCUGAACCACGCCACUCUCGACAGCCAGCGCGAAGAACUGCGCCGCAGACUGGACUAUCCCAAUCCUGCCACCAAUGCCUACCAGUACACCACAAGCCAAGCACUGACGCAGCUGUGGCAGCAACUGCUCGCUCAGGAUCGCAUGAAGAAGAAUCCCCGUCUACGUCCGACCGGCAAUCCGGCCUAUGAUGGACCAGGCGCAGCUGGCAUGCUUCCACCACUACACACCAGCUCAUCCCAUGGCCCGCGAGCUUCGACUGCCGCGCUGUCCGACGCAGGCGGCGUUCUUCCCUCGCGGCGCCAGACUCGCGAUUCCCUCCCCUCCGCCACCCCUUCAUCGGCCCUUCCAGACAACUUCUCCAAGGCCGAUAAGCUGCGCUACGGUAUUGUCGAAGCAUCCGCAGACAAUGCGAAACCAUCAUCUGGUAUCUCCUUCGCAAGCGAUCGCGUCAUCAAACCGCGCACCGCAAAGAGCACCAUCAUGACCGAGAAGAUUGGUGCCAUUUUGACGCACAUCGGCGUGCCAGAGCUGAUAGUGUUGCCAACACCGAGAGUAGUUGAGCAAUUCGAUGAGAUCAUGAGCAAAGUACAUGCAUUGCUCGAGAUGAGGAAGAUUGCAGACAAGGAGGAGCAAGAGCUGAGAGCUUUGACGGCGGCCUUCGCGAGCAAUACACGAGCCACAGAUCGCUUGAAAACACGUCAGGAGACAGACGGCCACCUCCAACAGCUCGAUGCACACCUUCAACACCGGAUAGAUUUGCUCAACGCGAGCCUCGACCUUGAUUCAAUGCCUCGGUCUGAUUCACCACUCUACCAGAGCCUCCAGGCAGAUCUAGUCUCAGAUCAGUUUCCUUCAACUGUCAGCACGGACACUGCCGAUACCGAAGCUGCAACCACGGAUGGUGGAUUCGACGACUACUACCGAGAUGCCUACAACAUGGCCUGA